AUUUCUCGCGUCGUGAAACGGAUUAGAGCUGCCGACUAUUUAGAGUGCUCAGCAAAGACCGGUGAGGGUGUCCGCUUUGUCUUUCAAGCAGCCGCUGAGUUGGCUAUACGUCCAGGACGCGACAGAUUUGAGGGCGUGGCUUGUCUUGGAGGUGGAUGUUGCCUAGUCUAA